AUGCUGAGUCCUGAAGCAACCUGUUGGGCGGAGCUCAGGAGAGGCAGAAAAAACCUGAAGACGGACAAAGGACUAAUCCAGCAGGAGAGACACCACUCAGCAUCAGCAGCUCCAGUCAUGUUCAACUACCUGGCAGUCGAGGUGAGACCCCAGCUCCACCGCAGCUAUGGGAGCCAGCAAGGGGUGUCUGGGCCACUGAAGAGCCGCCUAGAGCAGCUGAAGAAGCCGUGGUGGAGGGAGCCCACCCCGCUGGUGCUCCAGCACAGCGAGACAGCCCGGCUGGCCAUCGAUGCCUUCCUUGAGCAGGGGGAGCGUGGCUACCUGAGCGCCAUCGCCGAGGAGAGGGAGCUGCCGUUCCUCUCCACUUUGGACAUGGAGUAUAUCAGCUAUCAGAGGAACCAAAGCUUCCCAGACCCCAGUACAGUGAAAGACAAAGAAGCUGACCCUGGUGAUGUGGACACUGGAGACAGGUUGUCCCUCAACUCUGAACUAACUUCAGGCACCUACUUCCCCCUCAUGUCUGAUGUGCACCCUCCAGAGCUGGAGCUGGGGUGGCCAGGGACACCACUCCUCACGGUGUCAGGCCAGACUCAAGCCACUGUGAUUUUCCAAAGAAACAAAACGAACAGCAUUAAGGAUUUGGUGCGGUCUCUGAUCAGCCGGGCACGGACGGUGAUAGCAAUUGUGAUGGAUCUGUUUACAGACAUGGAAAUUAUGUGUGACCUACUGGAGGCCUCAAGCAGACGACAUGUCCCUGUUUACCUGAUCCUGGAUGAAGAGUACUUGAAGCAUUUUGUGGAAAUGUGCAAUAAAAUGGCUCUUAUUCAGGACAGCUUCCCAAACAUGCGCAUAAGAUGCCUGAGUGGAGACAUGUACUACAGCAAAGCAGGCAAGAAAUUCGCAGGCCAGGUUCUGGAAAAGUUUGUCCUGGUUGAUUGUGACCAAGUUCUUGCUGGUACAUACAGUUUCACCUGGCUUUGCAGCCAAGUGCACACCAGCCUGGUGACCCACUUCCGUGGACAAAUUGUUGCAGAAUUUGACAAGGAAUUCCGGUACCUGUACGCAGAGUCCAGAGCAGUGACAAGCUUCUGUGUGCCAGAUCCUAGGACAUGUCUUUCUUCUUGGAAUACCUCAAAAGUUGAUAACUGUCUUCUGAAACCCACUCAAGGGAAUGAUACUGAGACCCUAAGCCCCUCCAGCAGCCUUUCCAAUGUGAGCAUCAGGAGCAUAAAAGUAUCUCCCUUUAUGAAAAAUUCCAGCUGCAGUGUAUACCAGGAAAAGCAAGAUUCCAGCUCUGAUUCUGGCAGUAAGAAGGGGAAGGAAGACACAUUCCUGAAGCCCACUUGCCCUAAACAGCAAGAAGAACCACCAGACUCAGUGAACUGUCCUCCAAAUAAACCCACCCCAGCCUCACAUCCCAAAUCAAACCUCGUAACAGCAAGGACAUUCGUGCAGCCAGAUCCUUCCUCCAAUAAAUCUGGUAACCAGAGGGACACUAAGGCCAACAGCAGCCACUGCUCCCUGCCGAGAGCAGGGCAGCCACUGCAGUCCCUGUUGGAGGGUACCGGCAGCUAUGGGACCAGCCUGAAGCAGAGAGCACCUGUAGCCACCUCCAGGGAGCUGCCGGCUGAAAAUGACAACGUGUUUUAUGGGGUGGAAAAGAGACAGAGCCCUGGAUGUGGCCAGCUUGACCUUUUCUCCCCAUACAACCAGAUCAAACAGGAUAAAAAGUCUGUAGUGCCUUGCUAUGACAAGUUCUUGGAGGACGUGCUGCUGGAAAAGAACAGCGCAUAUGGGGCGGAGAAGAGAAUGACUCUGGGUCACAGCAAGCUGGACCUGAUCACCAAGUACAACAAGCUAAAAUCCAAAAACAUACACAGUCGGUUUGAAAUCUGACCUGGGCCUCGAGCUGGCCUCUGGUCUGAUUUUCCAGGGGUUGCUUUUUCCCUGACAAUCACCACGCCUGGGGCUUGGAUUCAAAACAUUAGUCCUGUUCCUGUUAAAAGGUGUCUAAUCUAUG